UCUGAAACACGUGAUCUUGUUCCGGCUCGCCAAAGAUGGCGGCUCCCAGAGCGGGAGCGUGAAAGUUGUUGGUGAAAGACGCUGUCCACCUGCGCUGGCAUCGCAACCCAGUGGGGACCGUGCGCCAUGUCGCGACUGAUCGUGAAGAACCUCCCGAAUGGGAUGAAAGAGGAGCGUUUCAGGCAGCUCUUUGCCUCCUUUGGCGCCCUGACCGACUGCAGCCUGAAGUUCACCAAAGACGGCAAGUUCCGUAAGUUUGGCUUCAUCGGCUUCAAGUCGGAGGAAGAGGCCCGAUCGGCACUGAACCAUUUCAACAGGAGUUUUAUCGACACAUCCCGGAUCGUGGUGGAGUUCUGCAAGUCGUUUGGGGACCCGACAAAGCCCCGGGCCUGGAGCAAGCAUGCCCAGAAAACAAGCCAGUCUAAGAAUCCCUCAAAAGGCCAAGACUCCGUCUCCACGGAACCUAAGAAAGAUGACAAGACGAAAAAGGUAGCAAGUGAGCUGGAGAAGCUGAAGAAAGACGCCGAGUUCCGGGAGUUCCUGUCGGUUCAUCAGAAGCGGACGCAGACAGCCACUUGGGCGAACGAUGCCCUGGACGCCGAGCCCUCGAAAGGGAAGGGCAGGCCUGCCAGUGACUACCUGAACUUCGACUCCGACUCGGGGCAGGAGAGUGACGAGGAGGGGCCUGGGGAGGACCCGGAAGAGGAGGGUGGCCGCGAACCCAGGGCGGCCGUGCAGCAGGAACUGUCCGACAUGGACUACCUGAAAUCCAAGAUGGUCACGUCCGAGUCGCUGUCAUCCUCGGAGGAGGAGGGGAGCGAAGACGAAGCUGUCAGCUGUGCGGACGGGAGCGAGGCCGUCCGGCAAGAUGGAGGGGGGCGCGCGGCUGGCCCGGAGCAGGACGCGCCGUCCAGGGACAAGAGGCCGGGGGCGGCCGGCGCUGAGGCAGACAAACCAGCAACCCAGAAGGAACCCACCACCCCCCACACCGUGAGGCUGCGGGGAGCCCCGUUCAACGUCACGGAGAAGAAUGUCAUGGAAUUCCUGGCCCCGCUGAGACCAGUGGCCAUUCGAAUAGUGAGAAAUGCUCACGGGAACAAGACAGGGUACAUCUUUGUGGAUUUCAGCAGCGAGGAAGAAGUGAAACAAGCUCUCAAAUGCAACAGGGAGUACAUGGGCGGGCGCUACAUCGAGGUGUUCAGGGAAAAGAACGCCCCCACGGCCAAGGGGCCCUUGAAGAACAGCGCCAAACCCUGGCCAGGCCGGACCCUCGGGGAGAACGAAGAGGAGGAGGACCUGGCCGACUCUGGGAGGCUCUUCGUACGGAACCUGCCCUACAGCAGCACCGAGGAAGACCUGGAACAGCUCUUCUCCAGAUUCGGUCCCCUGUCUGAGCUUCAUUACCCCAUUGACAGCCUGACCAAGAAACCCAAGGGCUUUGCCUUCGUCACCUUCAUGUUCCCCGAGCACGCCGUGAAGGCCUACGCGGAAGUGGAUGGGCAGGUGUUCCAGGGCAGGAUGCUACAUGUGUUACCGUCCACCAUCAAGAAGGAAGCCAGUGAGGACACUGAUACCUCAGGAUCAUCGUCUUAUAAGAAGAAGAAAGAAUCUAAAGACAAAGCCAACAGCUCCAGCUCUCACAACUGGAACACGCUGUUCAUAGGCCCUAACGCUGUGGCCGACGCCAUUGCACAGAAAUACAGCGCCACCAAGAGUCAAGUGUUUGACCACGAGACCAAGGGCAGUGUGGCCGUGCGUGUGGCCCUAGGGGAGACCCAGCUCGUUCAAGAAGUGCGGCGCUUCCUCCUGGACAACGGGGUCAGCCUGGACUCCUUCAGCCAGGCCGCAGCCGAGCGAAGCAAGACUGUAAUUCUGGUGAAGAACCUCCCGGCGGGCACCCUGGCGGCCGAGCUGCAGGAGACCUUCGGCCGAUUCGGCAGCCUGGGCCGAGUGCUGCUGCCCGAGGGCGGUGUCACUGCCAUCGUGGAGUUCCUGGAGCCCCUGGAGGCCCGGAGGGCCUUCAGGCAUCUGGCCUACUCCAAGUGUCGCCACGUGCCCCUGUAUCUGGAAUGGGCUCCGGUGGGCGUCUUCUCCAGCUCCGCCCCGCAGAAGAAGGAACCCCGAGACCCCCCAGCAGGACCUGCGGAAGAGGGCGCAGCGGAGCCGGAAACCUUGCCAGACAACGAGACCCCGGAAGGUGAAAAGCCAACAGAGAGAGGAGCUGAGGACGCUCCAGCGAAAGAGGAAGAAGAGGAGGAGGAGGAGGAGGAGGAGGAGAGCACCCCCGGGUGUACCCUGUUUAUUAAAAAUCUCAACUUUGCCACGACCGAGGAGACCCUGAAGGAAGUGUUUUCCAGAGUAGGAAUGGUGAAGAGCUGCUCUGUUUCCAAGAAGAAGAACAAAACAGGAGAGCUGCUCUCCAUGGGAUUUGGGUUCGUGGAAUACAGGAAGCCGGAGCAGGCCCAGAAAGCUCUCAAGCAGCUCCAGGGUCACAUCGUGGACGGCCACAAGCUGGAAGUGAGGAUCUCGGAACGAGCCACGAAGCCAGCUCUGAUGUCCGCUCGGAAGAAACAAGUGCCCAGAAAGCAGACGACCUCAAAGAUCCUGGUGCGCAACAUCCCCUUCCAGGCCGACAGCCGGGAGAUCCGAGAGCUCUUCAGCACCUUCGGGGAGCUGAAGACCGUCCGCUUGCCGAAGAAGAUGAGCGGGACAGGCUCGCACCGAGGGUUCGGCUUUGUGGACUUCCUCACGAAGCAGGAUGCAAAGAGAGCCUUCCACGCCCUGUGCCACAGCACCCACCUGUACGGCCGGAGGCUGGUGCUGGAGUGGGCCGAUUCCGAAGUGAGCCUGCCAGCCCUGAGGCGGAAGACGGCCGAGCGUUUCCACGAGCCCCCGAAGAAAAAGCGGUCUGUGAUGUUGGACGAGAUCCUGGAGCAGCUGGAAGACAGUGAAAAUGACAGUGAGGAGCAAACCCUUCAGCUGCGAGCUGGCACCGAGAGGGUUUAGUGAGAAAAAAAUGCCGCCUUAAUCCACGAAGAACCCCCGGGCGCGGGGCUGAGCACGUGAGACCAGCCCAGAAACUCCUGUUCUCGCCUUCCCCUGCGGCACUGUUAGCGGCGGGGGUUCCCCCCCACGGCCCUCCACGGGAGUGCUCCCGGCUGGGGACUUGGCCUCCGUCCUGCUCCAAGGUCACGUGGGACCGCCAGCGACCGAGCACGGGGCUGGGGAGCCUCUGAGCUGCUCACGAAGCCCAGCCACCAGCCUCACCAGUUGCGCCUAAGCCGUGUCUCUGAUGGCGGACGCCCUCCGCGCACAGGCAGGGGACCCCGUGAGACGCGCCCCGGCCCCGGCAGGCGGUGUCGAAAGGCUUAUCCCGGGCUUGGGGCGCCCGUGCACACACACCUGCUCCAGCCUGGAAAUACGGCCUCCCCCGUGGGGAGGAAAGAGCCACAGCUGGUCUGCUCUGGGUCUGAAUCCCAGCCUCGCCCUCCUCAGCCCCGGCCGCAGACCAGGGAGGUCCCUUCUGACCCCCGGCUUCCCUUUCUGUACGAGGGAGGUGACAUUGUGCCAGCCUGGUGCUUGACUGCCCCCGUCAACCCAAGUAAAGCCCAGAGAAAAUGCCCA